CCUUAAGUAGAAAUCAAAAGUGUGGUUAGGUUUUGGAAUGGUGUUUAAAUUGUUUGGUUAGAGGAAAUUGAGAAAAUAAAUUGAUUAAGAAAAAGAAAAUAAAGGAUACAUCAAAGAUUUUUAGGAUUUAGUUCACAUUUUCAUAAAAAAUGUCUUUAUUAACAAAUAAACUCUCCAAGAUUAUUCACUUUUCUUGGAACAAUAACCUAAAUAGGGUCAUUUUGCCACUGGCAGCUGACUCACUUCAAGUUAGAAAUUAUGCUGCUCGUAAAGGUACAAGGGAGCGCAAGAGAAAAGCCAAAGUUCAAAAGGUAGAAGUUCCAAAAGUUGGGUUUAUUCCUCACAAUUUAAAAAACAGGGAUAAAAUAUUAGCUGCUCGACCUAUAAAGAAGUUUGAUGAUAGUUGGAAAAGGGACCCCAUCGAUGAUGUAUUUGCGAUGAAAUAUUAUAAAUGGAUCGUUUAUCCAUUUGCGGAAGCAAUCAAAUGUCACAGACAAACGCAUCAUCCUACAAUGUACAACAUGCCCAAUGCGCCGCUGAAUGUUACUAUCGAAUUAAACAUGCAAGGGGAAAAGAAGACGAGAUUCAUCGAUAAUUUCAAAAGGAUUGCAGCAGUGCCACAUCCCUUUGAUCACGGAGAAGAUAGAGCUAUAAUUGCUUUUGCUAAGAAUCCAGAAAGUAUAAAGGAAGCAAAAGAUGCAGGUGCAUCGCUUGCUGGAGGCGUGGACCUAAUUAAACAGAUUCAAAAUGGUCAGGUACACUUAAAUGAUUUCCAAUAUAGUAUUGCACAUCCCGAUAUUUUACCCGAAUUGGUGGUUUUAAGAGGAAUUAUGAAAAGGAAAUUUCCGAAUGCCAAAAAUGACACAUUAACCCCUUUAGUAGGAAAAGUCGUUAGUCAAUUCGUAAAUGGUAUUAGUUAUCAGGCUUUAAAGGACGAGUACGAGAAAGAUUUUGGCCAGAUCGAGGCGACUUUGGGAACGCUAGACAUGGAUGAAAAACAUCUGGAAGAGAACUUUGCGGCGUUAAUAAACGACGUAAAUACUCAAAAACCAAAGAGAGCCGGAGGUUUUAUUAAUCGGUGCAUAUUAUGGAGUCCACCAUCAAGGGAAACACUUAAAAUCGACCACGAACAAUAUCUUACAGCAACAUCAGAGCCUAAAAAGGAAGAGAAAAAUCAAGAGGAUGCGCAAAAAGAAGAUGAUGAAGAAGAGGAGGUAAAAGAAGGAGUGGUGACUUUAUAAAAAUACCUUAUAAUAUAAUAAACAAUUUGUUAGGAUUA